CAUUCUCUCCCUCCCUUCCGCCAGUGUUGGUAACGUUGGCAUCAUGGCCAACUCCUCGGGGCCGCUUGCGGAGCGGAGCGAAAUACACAAGUCAUGCAAGACCUUGGAGUCCGUCGUGAACAUCCUUAACGACUACUGCGAGGCCGCCAAUGCGAUUGUUGCUCUCCAGAAGAAGCUGGCAAAGGCGCUGCGGGAGUCGGCGGCGGUGAAAUGUGUAGCAGAGAUACCAGGCAACGCCUUGAUUACGAGCGCUACCAUCUUCGAGUCUAUGGCGGAGGUCGACUCCAAGUUCGCCAAGUUUGCGGACAAAGAGUGCGACAGCGUCAGCGCGGAAGUGAAGAAAUGGUUCAAAAAGCUUGCGAAAGAGGAACGGACGCAUGACGAGAAGAUUGCCUCCGCGAACCAGAAGAUCAAGCAGGCUGGCCAAAUCUAUGAGAGGAAAGCCAAGAAGUACCCUCGCGAUGCCGCAGAAGAGCACACACGGUAUAUGAACCUGCUCAGCACGCUAGGCCCUGAGGUCAAUAGGGAGAAAUACAACCACGCUUUACUUGUCACCCAGAAGCAUACAUCCACGAUGUACAAUUUGGCAUCCAGCUUAUCUCGCGUUGCAGAUGCUGAGUGGAUGCGCAGCUGCGAGAGUGUGCGGCGUUACUCCCCUACAAUCGGUCAGCUCGGACAAUGGAAGGCUCUGUGCGAAGGUGGAUGGAGCGGCUCGGUACCUCCUGACUUACCAGAUGGGAACGCCGCUGAGCCCUCCGCAUCUUCAUCCCAACCCACAGGGAGCAAGGAACAAGACUCCGAUGACUUGAACGGUAUCCGUGACUUGUCUACGCCCCUCUUGGAAAAGCCCGCUCCCGAGUAUACCUCACGCAACGCCUCAGAGCGGGAAUCUACGUCGCGCGCUGCCACCCCUUCAGGUCAGUCGCCCGCACCACCGCCGCAGUAUUUCCCUCCGACCCCUGCUGCGGAACCUACCGCAGACGCCAGACCAAAUUCAGAUACCACGAGCAAGGAAGCGGAGGAUCGCCCCGCCCCUCAGUCUGGAGUCGAGCAAUUAGUCAAUGCUGAUGAGCGAUCAGCUACCAUCGACGCCUUCCCCGCUCCGCCCACUCACUUCCCCAUGCCCCCCGCCAAUGGUAGCAAAUUCAACUCGAAUGCAAAUGCCGUCACAACGCCCUCCCCUACUUCUCCACCCACGCAGGAGAUUCAGAACCGUAGCGAAGCAACAAGGCUUGAUCUACCCGAAUCGUCCUCCCUCACGCCGUUCCCACGCUUCACGGAGUCUCCCACUCCGGAAAGUACGUCUGCGUUGACAGACGACUUCCGUUCUCCAGCUCCCACUCGUGCAGAGCCUCUCACGCCUCCCGUGUUCUCCAACUCGGUUUCGUCCUCCGAGAGUAAUUCUGAGCGCGACCGCGAACAAGGGCCACCGCCCUUCUCAUACUCUCAGACUAGCCGUCCAUCUCAAUCCUAUGCGUCUUCACAAGUCAGUCGUCCUACUGUAGACACGGAGAAGGGUGCCUUACGGUCGACGGCCGAGCAGGUAGCCACCCCUUCACCGAGUGUGCCUACCUCCUACAGAAGAGGCGACUACAUGGAGGAUGCAGAAUUCGGUGUCCGGCAAAGUUUAGAGUCGCCUAGGUUGCGUGCUGCCGAGCCGACACCUGGGAGGGUGUUAGAGCCGAACGACACUGGAAGGAGCAAUGGCAGCGUGGUCGCUGCUUUGCGCGAUCGCUACGCCCGAGGUCCGGGCCCCACAUCACCUCCUCCAGGACCAAAGUCUCCUCCACGAGAGCUUCCAAGGCUUCCUAUGAACGUGUCGGCACUUGCUAAUCGGUACGAACCGGCCAACGGACAGUCGAACCUCCAGCGGCAGGCCACAGGCUCUCCAACUCGCGAGAGAGUACGGACAUCGGCUGACACCUACAGUCGCAUGCCCGAACCGAGUUCGACGACGCUUUCGACUCCUUCCGUGUCGCGCUAUUCCGACGCGCCCCCGGCACCUACCACAGACGAGAUCGCUCUUCGGAGACAGCGUAUCGAGGAGCUCGAAGAACUCGAGCUGCGCGAACGCGAACAUGACCUGCGUAUGAAGGAGCGAGAGAUCGAACAGCGCGCGCGCGAACUCGAGAGAGAGCGCCUGCACCUCCUGAAUGCGCGUGGCGUGCGGAACGAUGGGUACAUCAGCGACGGAUCGCGAGCCACCAGUGGUCCCCGCAUCUCCACGACGCAGCGACCGACGUCGAUCGAGACGUCGCCGGGAUCACGGUAUCCGUCGUCGUACUCACAGAGCACGACUCAUCUCGUUCCUCCGGUGUCGCAGCAGACUUCUUCGAGUCGGACAGGCUCAAGUCAGCCCUCGUCUCCUGCGUCGCAACCAGCCGACCAUGCGCCGUACUGCGGCUGCGAGUCGUGUUCUGCGUCGAAGUACAAGAGCCGGGAUGUUCCUUCUCCGCGCGAUCUCCGUCCACCGGAGCCGCCCAUACAGCUGCGCCCUGAUAAACCAAAGGGGGGCUGGAUACGCCGCCUGAGCAUGCCUGUCAUCCCGAAUGCGUUUUCACUGGACUCGAAGAAGGGUGGCGUCGGGAUCGCUGGCGGACCGGCGGCUGGGUACCGCGGCAGUAUGGCGUUCGCCGACGAGGACGGACGUCUACGCACGGACUUGACCGGUGGGAUUAGGAAUCGGAGCUCGACGAACCUCGCGCGACGGUGACGGAUGCCCUUGUACGAGCCUCCUUCUACGACUGCUUAUGUCUGCUCGGAACUGUUCUGCUCGGCAGUUGAUACUUGUAUGCGUAUGCGUUAUGCGCUUCUAUUCGAUACCAUCUCACGUUUCUUGGCUUACCGCUCCGCAUUAUUACUGUUCAUCUAUCCUUUCUUAUGUAGUCUGCUGUCACAUUGCUCUUCGUUGAUACGGCGGUAUCCAGCUUGCGUCUCAACUCACUACUAGUACUCACGACGACUUCUUUGACGAUC